UCGAGAGGAUGGAGUAGUCUUUUUUCCUUCUUGAGUUCUCCGCUGCUUCAGCCUCUUGUUUUCGUUCUCUAUCACUUUUCUCGACCUACCUUUAUAAAACCAAAUCUUCCAUGCAACAACGAAGUCCAAAAACAUAGCUAAAUCCAAAGAUCAAAAUAAACUUUUUUAUUAAAGAAAAAUACACUUUUAAAGAGACUUAAAACGAAGAAAGAAGAGAUGAAUGCCGGAAAGCAAGCUUCGUGGGCGGUGGCGACGGCAAUCGCGGCGGUGGAAGUGCUUAAAGACCAAGGCGUUGCUCGGUGGAACUACCCUCUUCGUUUACUCCACAAGGAAGCAAUGGCUCGCGUCCGUACCAUCACAGUCCCAUCUCGUCCCUCUCCUUCUCCGUCUUCAUCUUCCGCCAAGCCCAUGACCACCACACCCUUUGAGAAAUCCUUUGAGAAAGCAAUGGGGCUUAGCUGCUUUGGUCCCACCACCGUUAGAUUCUAGAUCACUCUAUGUACUUGUUGUACGUAAAUCAGAAUGUGCGUCAUUAGGAGGUCCACGAUAUGUUGUACUCGUUAACAUUUAGCUUAAACAAUAUAUCCUUAUCAAUUUUGAAAUAAAUCUGGCUCAUGAGUUCGGUUAUAUAUCAGACUAUAACCAAAGCCAACCGGAAUGUUUAAGCUGGUUUAAAUUAUACCAAGAAGAAUCUUGACUCAACAAAAAGUUUAGACCAUACAUGUACACAUCAGAAAAUCGGAUAUACAACGUC